AUGGGCGUCGGCCUUACCGAGGCGGUCACGCCUGAGCAGCCGAGCCAGCAGCUCGACGUCAACGUCAUCAGCGUCCACUCGUCAACAUCUCGGUCGUCAUCGGCCGCAAAGGGCCUCCCGUUCAUGACGGCGUACAUCAUGUCCAAGUACGCGCUCGAGACGACGAGUCCAUCUUUGUCGCUCCCGGACAAGUCCUUCGACACCUUUGGCAAAUCGCUGCAGGGCGAGGACGCACCGGACCCACAGGAUGCCGCCCGACGCCCGCUCGUGCUCGCCUGCGCCACACCGGCUGCCAUGGCAUGGACGCCCAUCCAGCUGAGCAUGCAGUUCCUCGGCAAGUGCACUCCGCCGGUGCAGUCGACGGUCUCGUGUGCGUACCUCGCGACCUCGCAGCAGAUCACGACGACGCUGGCCACAACCGGCCGCGGCCGGGUGGCCUCGGUCGCCUUCGACAACCUUAGCCCAGUCCAGGGCUCGGUCAUGUACUACGACACCAUUACCUUUCACGCCAGCGGCCUGACCCACGAGGCCGGCAACCUGACGUUCUCGCCCGCGCCGCCCGCCCACCGCGCCGCCCCGAGCCCGGGCGCUGCCCCGCUGCCGCCGGAUGCCUCGGUCCUGUACUACGAGACCUUCCCGGAUGUGCCCGGCGUAACGAUCUCCAACCCGCCGGGCGAGAUGUGCGGUUCGGCGACGUACAACAUCACCGGCGGCUACGGCGCGUACGCCACCGCCCGCGGCGCCAUCACCGCCAUCGGCUGCAUCGUCCCCAACGGCGCCGGCUCGUUUGACGGCUCAUUUGUCGUCACCGUCGCCGGCUGGAUGCCGUGA